AAAAAAGUAAAAGUGUCACUAUGGAUUUAUAUUUGUGUCGGAUGGAAAUACUACGUCGAGAGCUACGCCGGUGGACAAUUUAUUUCAAUUAUCAUGAAUAAGCGCAGUCGAGACGCUGUGUGUUAUCGUUUGCUCUAGACAAAUAUAUCAACUAUAUUAUUCGUCAAGCAAAAGGUUAAUAGCUCGUGCCGUGUAACGAAUAAUGGUUUGGGAAGAAACUAUAGUGACGUCUCGCGAUUCAGCCUUGGAUAUUAUGGUUACGAGAAAAAGUGUAUUUUGAAAAUAUACCAAGUGUUUUCUUGUAAAAAACGUCUGUAAGAUAUUCAUCGACUGUGUGGUGGUUCCGUUCGACGUUUUUGGUGUUGCAUAUCGGUGUUAUGUCGGGUGGCAGGAGUAUCGACAAGGAGCGAAAGUCUCCUCGGGAAAGCGGGGAGGAUUCGGAGGAUGAGAGCGAGAUUCUCGAGGAGAGCCCCUGCGGCCGGUGGUUGAAGCGGCGAGAGGAGGUGGAACAACGCGAUGUCCCCGGCAUCGAUUGCGCUAACCUCGCGAUGGACACGGAGGAGGGUGUCGAAGUUGUGUGGAAUGAGGUUCAGUUCUCCGAGCGCAAGAACUUCAAGGCGCAGGAGGACAAAAUACAGAUGGUGUUCGACAACCUUACCAGGCUAGAACAUCCCAAUAUCGUCAAGUUCCAUCGAUACUGGACGGACACACACAACGACAAACCUAGGGUAAUAUUUAUAACGGAGUACAUGUCCUGCGGCUCCUUGAAGCAGUUCUUGAAGCGCACCAAGCGGAACGUGAAGCGGCUGCCCCUGCAAGCCUGGAAGAGAUGGUGCACGCAGAUACUGUCUGCACUCAGUUAUCUACACGGCUGCGUGCCUCCCAUCGUUCACGGGAACCUCACGUGCGACACAAUUUUCAUCCAACACAAUGGACUGGUGAAGAUCGGCUCGGUCGCUCCCGACGCCAUCCAUCAUCACGUCAAGACCUGCCGCGAGAACAUGAGAAAUAUGCACUUUAUUGCACCGGAAUACGGAUCAUCACAAAUGGUGACGCCUGCGAUGGAUAUCUACUCAUUCGGAAUGUGCGCAUUGGAGACUGCGGCACUUGAGAUUCAGGGCAAUGGCGACUCUGGCAGCCACGUCACGGAGGAACACAUCGUACGGACGGUCGAGUCCUUGGAGGAGCCGCGCCAGAAGGACUUUAUAUACAGGUGUAUAAACAAGGACCCGGCCAAGCGGCCCACGGCGCGCGAGCUGCUCUUCCAUCCGCUACUCUUCGAGGUGCACUCGCUCAAACUAUUGGCUGCGCACACUCUCGUCAAUACCACGGCGAACAUAUCGGAGACGAUCACGGACGAGGUGGCGGGCGGCAGUAGUGGGGAGGCGCUGGCGUGGUGCGUGCGGGGGGGGGAGCGCGUCGAGCUCGCCGCGCGCGACCUGCAGCCACACGCUGAGAAACUUGAGAAGUUCGUCGAGGACGUCAAGUACGGCAUCUACCCUCUGACGGCGUACGGGCGGCGGCGCGCGGGUCGCGCGGCGUCCCCCGCCGAGCGUCUGGCGGAGCCGCCGGCGGCGUCGCCGGAGCCGCGCGACGUGGAGUCGCGGCGCGUCGUCAACAUGAUGUGCAGCCUCAAGCCGCACCCGGCGCCGCACUGCGACGCGCCGCCCGCCGACCUGCUGAUGACGAUCCUCCUGCGCAUGGACGACAAGAUGAACCGCCAGCUGACGUGCGCCGUGUCCCGCCGCGACACAGCCUCCGCGCUCGCGCACGAACUAGUGCAGCUCGGCUUCAUACACGAGGCGGACCGCGACAAGAUCUGCCGCCUGAUGGAGGAGUCGCUGCGAGGCAGCUUCGGUUCGUCUGCGCGCGCGCAGUUGGCCAGCUAGUGCGGCGGCCGACGCCGUACGUAUGUCCCAUACUUCCGGAGCACUUAGCUUUUAUCCAUAUUUAAACAAGGUUUUUAGUCAACUAGUUGCGGAACCGGACUUGAACUGAGCGUCGGCGUCGCGGGGCGUCAGGGCCAAGCCCGCGGCCGCAGUAGUCUCUAGAUUAGAGUUAACGCAUAUUUAUACGUAGUAAUGAUGGGUCUUAUGAUGAGAUUUUGUAUUGCCGUAUCAUGUAUUUUUACGUAAGUAUCAUAUGGUACCGAUUGAAUGUAUUCCGCGGAAUGUCAACGGCUCACACUUAAAGCUUGUUUAAGCGAGGAUCGUCAGUUCCGAUUGUUCAAUAUUAUUUUUAAUAUUUAGAUCCUAAGAUGUGCAAACGUAACGUAAUUCCUACAGUUUUUAAUGUCAGUAACAUAGACUACUUUUCUAUUGUAGCUUCCUAUAAUAGGUCGGGAAUCCUCGCAUAAACAAGUGUUCUUAAAUCUUCCACGUCGGUCACAAGUUUACGUAACGACAGUUCCAGAAACAAACGAAAUUGAAGCGGAGGUAUUUUGUAGUCUUAAUUGUAGCGCAGUUUUACGGUACUUUGUGUACAUAGUGCGGGGGACACUUGUCGAUAUAGUCCGAAGCACUCUGUGGAUAAUGUACCAGUUGAGGUACCCUUUACUAUUGCAUUUGACCUCCCAAAAACUUACUAGUCGAGUGUGAAUCUAAAUCCGAUCAGCCGAAUCGUUCAUAAUAAAUAAAUCGAUGCGCUUUCUUAAAGGAAAUGUAAAAAUUAUAAGUUGUAUGUAAAAAUUGUAAAAUUAUCGAAGGUUCGGAACGGUUCAUAAUUUAGUUGGAACAUCGAGUAUGCUUUAGUGAUGUAGAAUUUUGUAUGAAUGUGUAUAUGUUAUAAAUGAUAUUUAAAAGAAAAAUAUUUAAAUUAAACGUUUACUUUUAAUUAUAUGUAUAGUGAGGCUUCCUCUUAGAGCUUUAUGGAUGUGGUUAUAAAUAAUAAGUAUACGGAAAAUUGAACAUACUCACUAUGAAGAUAAGGAUGAAAUUUGUACUGUACUCGCGUCGAUUAUUAUUACUUUUUACUACCGAUAGGUGUCACUGGACUUCGUUUGUUGAACAGUCAAGUAAUUUGUUAAGGUUUUGUAUGACACGCUUAUAGUAGGAUUGUUUUGUUGAGGACGCCUGUACCCGAUGGCAGUCAGCGUGGUACAUUGUCUGUUUUAUAUUGAUGAUGUUACUUGUUGAGACCACAAACAGUUCUCCACAAGCCCACGGUACAGGCGUCACACACACUGUAUGCGUGGUUAAAGUCAAUUGUCCAAACUUGUGAUGUUUUAAUGUAAUUUGAUAAUUUCUUGGAUUUUGUAUUGAUGUUAAGGAAACUAAAACUACCAUUAGAUUUGUACGAAAUAAAUUUACACAAUUACAACAUUAAAUUAAAUUUAAAUUAUCCAUAUUGAUUGAUCUUCUUAGACGUCAAUACAAGAGCCAUUGUUGAAAUAUAAUAAUUUGCAUUUACACACAAACAUUUUGGUGAUGUUUCGGUUAUUAUACGUAAAGCUAUAGUGGUGCUAGUAUGUAUGUACAGCAUUGUGUAAAAUUCGCUAUAUUGUAUUGUCUCGACAAACAUAAUUACACAACUAUAUACCAAGUAUAAAUUACUUUUGUAACUUCAAAAAUUCCAAGUUAAUUUGAAUUUAUUGAACAUUGUUUUAUUAUUAUUAUUUUAAUGUGUUUGUGUUGCAAGUUGUGUAGAUAUGUUUGUGGUAUUAUCGUGUAUAUUGUCGCACGUAGUAUCGCGGCGGCACCGGUUCCUAGUUCGUUACGUUCCGACAGUUUGGUGCUGACACAUUAUUUAUUGAAACAAAAUUAAGCUUAUGGCCCUUUGAAUGAUAGUAACUUACGAUUUUUUUGUUUUCCUUUAGCUACCUUUUAUAAGCUAAUUCCAAAACCUAAUCAGCAUGUAUUGUAAGUAAAAAUAAUAAUAAUUCGUAGGUUACAGACAAAGGGUCGCCUAGUUUCACGUUUUUUUGUCGCUAGUGGUGCCAAAUAUACUAGGUGCCAACGAUUCGUUUUAAUUUCAAACGACAGUUUAUUAAACCUUAGUUACUAAACCUUCCAGUCCAAUACAUAAGUAUUCACAAAUAUCAGCUUGCCAUGGACAAUACAAACGCCUCCAUUCCCAAUCAAAUAUAUCGGUACGUGCAGCGAAUAGACUUAGUUGAUAUAAAUGUUCGCGUCGAUACAUCUUUGAUCCAAUUCCAUGUUUCUUGCUUUAUCAAUAUAACUAUCUACUAAACUAUGACAUUACCAGUCUACCUUUCACCAUCUUCCUUUUUUCCCAGCUCAGUAUUCUAGUACGAUGCGAACAUCCCCCGUCAGUUCCGUGCAGCGUACCGUCCGGUGUUCGGUGAAGGAGGUGCCUGUGUGCCACGUACUUGGUGUAGCUCACGACCAGUAUAGUACUCCGGCAGAGAAUAUUUUUGUAAAGUAUCACCUCGUGUGUAUAUAGAUCUGAGCAGUAGUAGAGUCCGGGAGUGGAGGGGACGGGAGGGUACGGGAGGGGACGCGAGGGAGUAGUUAGUGGCGACACGUAGAGUAGUGUAACCGAAAGACUGGCUAAUGUAACGUUAGGGUCGUUGGAGGGACGCGGCGCGCGCGGCCCCGGCGCUACCGUCCGUCUCAAUACUCGGCCUCUUACACCAAGCGUAUCUCUAAUUCUAAGAUUAUUAUUUAUUUAAGGUGCGGGAAUUUCGUAUUCGUUACCAAAAAUAUGUACGCUUACUUAAAUAUAUAUAUUAGGAAAUGUAAUUAAAUUAUAAAAUAUUAGGAAAUUAUUAAAUUGAACAAGUCGGUGAGUCGGAGGCCGCGCGCGAGCCACGUUGGGAGGCAGGUAUAAUAGCUAGUAAAAUGGCGUGUUCUUUGUAAAUAUUCGCUUUUAGUCUAAAACUAUAAUUAUAAAUGAUUAUUGUUGUAACUGUAAUUGAUUUACGUACGAUCUACUUAUCUACCCAUGCAUACAAACGCCGCUACAUUACUCAAUUGCUUCUAUUUAUCUAUCUCGCAUUUUUAUUUUGGGAUGUUUAUACCGGUUGGCUGCUUUGGUUGUACGGUUUUGUGUUCAUAGAACAAUUCUACAUUUUGUAACAAUAUAUUCUGUAUUCAGAUGGAAUUAAUAUUAUAAAGUGAUACGAUUUAAUGCAUGUAAAUGUCAUAAUUGAAAUUGUACCAAACAAGACCGGCCCGGCCAAGCAGCUGUACUAACAUUUACACGAAGCCCAUCACAACGUUACCUACUGCUUUUUCAAUAACUAACAAAACUCUCCUUACGUUAUUUAUGUUCCUAAAUGUACCAUUUCACUUUGAAGGCGCUGUUACCGCAAUUCAGCACAUAACCAAUGUAAUAUUUUCGAAAUAUCUUUAACUGGUGCUAAUUUAACUAAGGCUCCCGGAUUAACUCGAAACAAUUUGUCGAAGAGGCUGGAUCACUUAACUUUAGCGAUAUAAAUCUAAAGACGUAGUUGAUAAAGCCCUCGGACAUUAUAGAUGUACAAUGUUUGCAUUGUGACCGAUAGAUGGCGCCCGCGAGUCGAAUGGUACCUUAAUUUAUACUAUUUUAGUUUGACUCGGAUUAAUUUGUCAUUUGUUUUACGUUGUAUUUACGACAAGUGAACACAUUGUUUAGUUUGAUUAACAAUAUAUUGUUGUAUAUAAUUACCCGAAUAGUGUUCUGAUUUUUCUUUUGUUUAUCCAAAGAGAAAAAUGUGUUCAUCUAUGAAAAAUAUUUUAAUUUGCGUUUUAUGAGAUUGUAACAUAAUUAUUUAUUGGAUCCAGAAUUGCAUUUCCCACUCGAUUUUACGUUUUCGACUACAGUUAUCAUGUGCAAGUAACCGAACUAUGAUUUAGCUAUAGUACCUACAUAUUAUUAUUGUAAUGAUACCUACUAUGAUUAUGCUCAAAGUGACUUGUAAAGAAUCCAUAACAAAAUAUGAUCGAACGAUCGAGUGAUGUUUGCAUACUAUUCUACAAUAAAGAACGUCAAUAAAGUGUAUUUUAAAAAGGA